CAGGGACAGGGCUCUGUCCUCAGACAGUCCACAAUAAGAAUCCUUAGUGGGAGGACUUCACAGACACAGCAGGAGCAAUGAUCUGAUCUCCCAGAGAGAAGUGGAUGAAAUUAAACCUUCUUCUGAGCACUUUUAAUGGAGUUCAAUGAGCAAUGAAGAUGCUGAUGAUGAUGAGGUGUCUUGCGAGCUAGUGAGUCCUCGCUCGUGCUGGCCAGAUGGCUGAAGUUAAAGUCAUGGUGCAUGAGGAUCCAAAUCUGGGCUCUGGUCCAGAUGAGGAUGCCUCUGAGUUAUCUGUUUCAGAGAGUGAUUCAGAUUCCGGGAGUGUGUUGUCGGAUGACUCCGUGCUCCCUGACUAUGAGCGGGAAGAAGCCAGUGGAGGCCCUGCCAACAACUUGUACCAGGCCUGUGCCAAGAACAAUGCAGCAGCCCUCCGCAGAGUUUUGGAGAGGGGUGUUACAAGAGAUGAAGUCAUGGAAAUAGACAUAAAUGGCAGGAAUGGUCUCAUGUUGGCGGUCUCAAAAGGUUUUGUGGACAUUGUGUAUGGACUGAACCAGUGCCCAUUUCUGGAUAUUAAUCACAAGGAUAAUGAUGGCAACACUGCCCUCAUGAUCGCUGCACAAGCUGGUUUUGAAACCAUCCUCACCUACAUCCUGAACUUCUUCUCUGGGGUGGAUAUGGAGCUCAAGGAUAACCGAGGCUUUACCGCUCUCCUCAAGGCAGUCAUGCAGGGCAGCAAUGACUGUGUGGCCUCACUGCUCAUGGCUGGGGCUGACAUAAAUGUAGUGGAUACUGCAAGGGGUAAGGGUAUACGAGAAUGGGCUCUGAAAACAGGUCGCUUUGACACACUACACAGGCUUAAUCGACUGCACACGAGGCCUCGGGCAGAACAGUUCUGUGAACAAUUUGUCCCAGAGUGGCCAGAUCUGAAACAGCUAGUGGCCAAGGCCACAGCCACAAAAAGUACAGGACAGAAAGUCGCCCAUCGCCUGAAGUCCACAUUCAGGAUAAAUAUUCCACAUGACCCCCAGGACAAUAGCGUUAUGGACCAUAUGGUGCGAAUUACCACAAGCAUCCAUAGUCCCUUGUUGGUCACUGGAUGCCGUCCUUUGUGUCCCACAAGCCCGCCGGAGAUUGGCAAGAGACGCCUGGAUGUGCCUGUGUCAGGAACCUCUGGCUCUUCUGUUUCACUGGUCUCCUGCUACACUGAAUCAGAGCGGAGAGGCAGUGUGCUAUCAAUGGCCUCCAAUGGCAUCCUCAAGUUUGUCCCGCGCAGCAUGUCCCGUCGCAAUAGCGUGUUUCCUGCAGGCUGCAUUCCCCAAAUCAAAGUGAUCAAAUCUGGAGAGCCAACACCCAAAAAGCAGAAAAAGAAUAAGAAAUCCAAAUAUCACUUAGAGCCACCGGUAUGGAAGUACAAGGAGGCUAAAGAGGAGAGGAAAAAAAAGGAAAAGGAAAAAGCAGAACAAGAGAAGACUAAAAAGGAAUCUAAGAAGAAGGUGAAAAAUGAGAAAAAAGCUGCCAACAGAUAAAUGAUGCCACAAAUCUGUCUGCCAUCAAUUUAGAGCUUUUGUGUCUGCUCUUAGAAUAUAUUUUUAAUAUUUUUAUUAAUUUUUUUUGUUAAUAGAUAUACCAUUUCACAUAAUUAAUGGCAGAACAAAAUACUCUAUACAUUGGAUUCAACUAUAUACAAUGUAAUCUGAAUAUGAUUAAUACCUAUGCAACAUCCAUUUUCAUCUGGCAUUUCCUUUACUAUUCUUUUUCCUUUAUCUCUCAACAAGCCCAUACUACUCAAUGAGUUUAAUGUGGCAACAUUGUUCAUUUCAAAGGAUGACUUUACAAUGGACCUUUUUUACAGACUCAAGAUUUUUGUUAUUCUACAGUCUGUACCGGUGUUAUUUUUGUUUGUAUUGUUGUUGUAAUUUGUUUUUAUUGCACUCCACAGUUUGUUGAAUAAGGAUAUGCUAUGUAUGCAUCUGUAUGUAUGCUGCUGCAUAAUUAGACAUAAAUACAAUUCCCAUGUAGCAGAUCUAGACAAUCAGAGAUGGGAGGAGGAGGGUUUCAGAGCCAAAUCUUACAGCGUGCUGCAGUGAAACCGGCUUACUUGCAAACUGAGCUAAUUUAAACAUAAGGAAAAGAGAGAGUACACAAGUUGAUUAGCAACACGACUACGCAUUAAAGUACCUCAGCUUAAGCUGAUUGGCUUGACAUAUCACAUGGGAGCAAGCUGAUUUACUAACAGAUAAGAAAUUCAAAGAGCCUAUCCACGUGCUCCAUUCAGAGUUUCAUGACCAAAUUUAAUCAUUUCAAUGUUCACUUUAAGAGCACUUUAAUAGUUUAAACAUUAACAAUGUUAUCAUACAGGAAAAGGACAGAUGCAAUAUUUAUCUUUCCUCCAUGCAAUAAUUUAAGUGUUCAUGCAUUUGUUUAUAAAAUUGUCUCACAGUGUCUCACGGAAAGCAAACUUGCCAUUGCAUCGAUUGUACAUUAUCAAGACAUGCACUAAACUGACUUCAUGAAAAGCAAAAUCUGUUACAUACUUAUGCAACUCUGUAUUUACAUAGUAUUAUUGGAGAGAAAAUUGGUCUAUUUCAUUAAAGGGAUAUUUUUAAUUCUGUCAUAAUUUACCUAAAGUUGUUCCAAACCUGUAUAACUGUUUUGUUUUUUUGUUUUUAUUCUGUGGUGGGUAAAUGAUAACAGAAUUUCCAUUUUUGGAUGAACUAACCCUUUAAGGAACCAU